AUGGCCCGUCCUGGCCAGCGUUGGCUCGGCAAGUGGCUUGUCGCGAUGGUCGUGUUGGCGCUAUGCCGGCUCGCCACGCCGUUGGCCAAGAAUCUGGAGCCCGUGUCCUGGAGCUCUCUCAACCCCAAGUUCCUGAGCGGGAAGGGGCUGGUGAUUUACCCAAAGAUUGGAGACAAGCUGGACAUCAUCUGCCCCCGAGCAGAAGCUGGGCGGCCCUAUGAGUACUACAAGCUGUACCUGGUGCGGCCUGAGCAGGCAGCGGCCUGUAGCACCGUGCUUGACCCCAAUGUGCUAGUCACUUGCAAUAGGCCAGAGCAGGAAAUCCGCUUCACCAUCAAGUUCCAGGAGUUCAGCCCCAACUACAUGGGCCUGGAGUUCAAGAAGCACCAUGACUACUAUAUUACCUCUACAUCCAAUGGGAGUCUGGAGGGACUGGAGAACCGGGAGGGAGGUGUGUGCCGCACACGCACCAUGAAGAUCGUCAUGAAAGUUGGGCAAGACCCCAAUGCUGUGACACCUGAGCAGAUGACUACCAGCCGGCCCAGCAAGGAGGCAGACAACACUAUCAAGAUGGCCACGCAGGCCCCCGGUGGUCGGAGUUCCAUGGGUGACUCUGACGGCAAGCAUGAGACUGUGAACCAGGAUGAGAAAAGUGGCUCUGGUGGGAAUGGAGGCAGCAGCGGGGACCCCGACAGCUUCUUCAACUCCAAGGUGGCAUUGUUUGCAGCUGUGGGCGCCGGCUGCGUCAUCUUCCUGCUCAUCAUCAUCUUUCUGACCAUCCUGCUACUGAAGUUGCGCAAGCGGCACCGCAAGCACACGCAGCAGCGGGCGCCCGCCCUCUCGCUCAGCACCCUGGCCAGUCCCAAGGGGGGCAGUGGCACAGCGGGCACCGAACCCAGCGACAUCAUCAUCCCCUUACGGACUACAGAGAACAACUACUGCCCCCACUACGAGAAGGUGAGUGGGGACUACGGGCACCCCGUCUACAUCGUCCAGGAGAUGCCGCCCCAGAGCCCAGCGAACAUCUACUACAAGGUCUGA